UUAUUAUUUUUCAAAAAUAAAAAUAUUGUAAUAUAAUAUCGAUUUGGUUUGUGAGACUAACAACACUUUAGUGAUGUCGGCAUUAACCGAAAAUGUGGUCCUAAGCCGGACCCGAUCACAGGACUUGCGAGCUGUUAAACGCCUUAAUUGCUGGGGAAGUGAUCUGAAAGAUGUAUCGAUUGUCCAAAGGCUGCCCAACGUGGAGGUGCUGUCCCUAUCCAUCAACAAUAUUACAACAUUGGGUGACUUUGCCACCUGUAGAUCACUACAGGAACUGUAUCUUCGGCAAAACAAGAUACAAGACAUCAACGAAAUACUAUACUUAGUAGACCUUCCCGACCUCAAGAAGCUAUGGUUGGCUGAGAAUCCGUGCGCCGAUUUUGAUAAUUACAGGUCGACUGUCCUUAAAGCGCUUCCCAAUCUUGAAAUGCUGGAUAACACCAGAGUCACUCCCGACGAUCUGAUAAAAGCUGAGAGAGAGGGCUAUGAUCUGCAGUGGCCAGGAGUUAGCGAUGUCGAAGAAGAAGAUAAUGAGGAAGUGAAUCAACAGAUCUUACCACAAGAGUCGCAAAUGGUUGCUCCGCAGGCAAUGCCGAUGAGCGCACCGAUAGCCCAAACAUACCAAAUGACACCACAGCCGCCAAUACAGCCGAUGCAAGAAAUCAUAAUGACUAACACAAACGGCAAUGGGACUGCUUAUCAUCAGCCGAUGCAUAUGCCACUAACCCAUCAAAACUCAUCACCAAAUAUAUCGCCAAUUGAGACGACACCACAGCUCCAGAAGCGCAGUCAAACAAUGAUCAAAUCAAACUCACUGUCCGAUUAUAAUCUUUACAAUGGUUCAGCCAUUCAAGCAGUAUUGGGUCCGAUAGACCACUACGAACAGCAUAAUAAUAAUAAUAAUAAUAACAUGAACUCCCAGUCCCGUAAUAAUACUAUCGGUCGUAUAUCGAGCGCACCCAACGGUUCCGCUCCGCGACUGCUUCCCAAAGGAGGAAAACAUAGGAAUGCAAACAUAUUGUCGGCCGUCUUGUGUCUAAUCAAAGAACUAGAUUACGCCAGUCUUGAAGUGGUCGACACAACAAUACACUGUCGUAUGGAGGAAAUGGAGGAUUGAUUGAUGAAGAAUAGAAAUUUUUAAAAAAUGAUUUUCCUUUUGGAUCAACAAAAUAAAAAUUCAUAAACGUCUUAACAUUAUUCAAUAACAUAAAUAAAAUAUUGUUUGAUUUUAGGGUCAA